GUUUAAAUAUUUCAAUUUGCAGUAUCUCUUUCUUGAAUCGUUAAGUGAAAUUAAAUUAAGAUGCCAUCUAGGUGUGAAGUCUUCUUGGAAAUCCUUCUUGCAAUCUUGAUUCCACCAUUGGGAGUCUUCUUUAGACAUGGUUGCUGCAGUUGCGAAUUCUUCAUUUGCUUGAUACUGACGCUCUUAGGUUAUGUUCCUGGAAUUAUUUAUGCUGUAUAUGCCAUCGUGGUUCGUGAGGCAAACCCUGAUGAUGAGUGGCGUCCUCUCAAUGCCUAGUUUUAUUAUUAUUAUUAUUAUUUCUAAAGAAAUAUUAUUACAUUUUCUUUCGUAGAAACAAGUUAUCAUGCAAUAAUUUCAAACUAUUUAUGAUUCAGUACAUGAAUUUACUCAUGUUAACUUCGUUCAACAGACAUUUUGUUUUGUCUUCAUUACAUUGAUUUUUU